AUGAGCUCGGGUGACAGCCCGGUGGACCCGAGGAGCCCUCAGCUUCGGCUUCUGGACAGACAGACCUCGAACGUGCACAAGGGCUACAUGAGCUGGGCAUCAGGGAACCUCGUUGUGCCGCAUGACUUGGCCGACAGAACGUCGCUUCCAAGGUAUCAUCGGCGUGUCACGGAGGAUCGCACGGCCGUGCUGGUUGUGCCGCUGAAUUCGCCGCUUGAGACACGCACGCUGAUUGAUUCCUGGCUGUCGUGCUGCCUGCAUGGCUCGCCCUCGCUGCUGUGCUUCUUUGUGGACUCAGAGGGAAUUUGCCGCGGAUGCCGAUUUGUGCUGGCAGCUGAUAUACCCCAUCUGGAGGACAUCGCCAAGGCGUACAGAAUCGACGAGCACAAGCGUCUGUCCAAUGAAGAGGUGGAAACUUCCACUGCGUUUGAUCCGACAGUUCUCCGAGAAGCUAGCCACAACCUCCUGGAGGCUUUGAUCGAUCGAUGCGAUCAUGAUGGAGGUCACUUCCUUCUGGUGCCCGGCCCAUUCGGGCCCAGACUCGUCAGGGCAGGGCCUCAAGCUUCUGAUGAUGAUUGUGAGGAGCCGGACGAGGUCACGGGAUCAGGUCCGGGCCAGCUCUCUCUUCCAAGUUCAGAGGAGUUGGAACUGGCCCGUUUGGAGCAGAUGGCUAAGACGACCGCCCCCAGAAAGGAGGACACGAAGAUGGAAUCGUCUCCAAGCUCCCAACGGUGGCGAGCAGUUCUUGUCACAAAGGCUUUGCUCAGCUACCAUGCGGCAGUGAGGCUUGCGCAGUCGCCGAUGACGUCUGAAGCUGCGCGAUCACGCACAGAGCUGAAGCACGUUCCGUCUGGCGCCAGGUGGACAGCAAAAAGCUGUUGCCAUCCUCUUCGUGUGCGCCAAAUGAUGCUAAGAUCAGUUCGAGCCUUGAGAUCGGCAGCUCGAUGCGCAGAGGAUGGCUCGGAUCCGCCACCUCUACCAUGCAGGUUCCAGCUGCUCAUGGCCUCGGCGUUUGAGUUCCUGGCCGACACUUUCUUGGCGGAGGAUGAACAUGGCGAUGUGGAUCUGGAUCUUUCCAGGAUGCUCAGUGCCUUGCGGCACCUCCAGCGAAGCAGGCAACAUGCUGCAGAGUAUGCCAGCAGCGUGCUGACCAGCAAUCUGGAAAGCAGCAGCAGAUUCGCUCGCAGUGUGAGGCAAUUAGAGGAACGGAUCCAUGCUAAAGCCAUCAACGCACAUCUUUGCUUGGCAAGACUGCGCCAAAGCCUGUCUUGUGGUGGCGAUUUGCGCAUGAUCGGACCCGCCAUGAAAGAAUUGGAUGCUGCAGAGGAGCUUGUGACCAAACCUCGGGCCGGACAGCCGCAGCGUUCUGGGGCAUACGAGUCCUCGCUGCUGAGCUCUAUCUGCAAAUGGAAGGCGGAUCUUUUGCACGAGCUCGCAACUUUGCUGCUUCCCAGUGUCGCACCAGGCCAGGAGCUCGACCCGGACACCCGCAGCUACAUCGAGGCUCAGGUGGCGGGCAUGAACGACUCUAUGCAGCCGCCGGCCAUGCAGUGCGAGCGAUGGCUGCAGUCCACCGUGAGCCUGUGCCUCCGAUCUCUGCACCAGUUGGCUGCAGUACCCAGUGAGGUGGCAGCAGAACUCCAGCUUCAGGUUCGCGCUCUGCUAGCUCGAGCAUACAGCAAGUUGGGCCGACUCUAUGCGAGCACUGGCCGUUUUACGAAGGCGAUGACGCACGCGAAGCAGGGCAUCGAGUUGUUCAAUGCAACGAAGGACAAGGUUGAAGCAGCCAAGUUGCAAAUCUGGCUUUGCAGAUUGCAGCUACGUAUGGCGGUGCCGCAGGCUGCUUCAACAACCCGUUCGACAGAUUGCCACUUCCUAGACAAGGACCCUGGCCUUCUCGGUGGUCUGUCUGCAGCUGCGUCCUCGGAAGAGUCUGCGCUGCAGCAGGUGGUGCAACAGCUUCAAAAAGCCCUGAGUGCUCUUGACAGCACGGAGAGCCGCCUCGAGCAGCUGGCCGAGGAGGAGCUGUCAACUCGUUCGGAGGGGCAGGUUUUGCUGGGGAAGGUGCUCUUCCGCCAGGCUCUGGUGAGGCUUGCGAAGGCCCCCUCCCCACUCAACGCCUGCAGCCGGCUCGGUGAGGAGGCAAUACUCGUCAGCACGCUGGAUAUCUUGCAGACGGCCGAAGCAAAGUUGGGCCAAAGUGCCAAGGAAGCGGCAAAGGAGGAGAUUGUGAAAGAAGCGAUGGAGCGAUUGCAUCAGGCGGCCGCAUGUUUUCGGUCUGCGAAAGCGACGGUUCCGUGCUGUUCUGUGCAUCUUUGCCUUGCGUUCGUCUACUUCUGCACUGCUGGCAACGACACGCGUCUCCAGCGAUUGGCUAUGACUCAUUGCCAGCAUUCCCUCGAGCAGUGGACGGCGAGCCAUGAGCGAAGCGAGGCAGUCGGCGUUUCGGCAAGGCUGCUGGAAGCGAAGGCCGCUCGUCGCAUUGUGCACAAAGGUCGGCCAGCCUGGGCUGGCGAUGCCAAAGCUGCAUCACUUCUGUGUGAGGUUGCCAUCUCGAGGCUGACCUCCACCGAGCUGCCCACGACAGGCAGCGAGGUCGCUUCCCAGGACCCUGAGCCGGCGAGCGCAGCCGGCGCGGCUGGGGCGGCGGGCACGGCAGGUGCUCACAAUCGAGAGGAGCAGAUGCGCAACGCUUUGCUGUCGACUGGCGAAGACCAAGGCGCAAGUCUAAUGUCCUAUGUGAGGCAAGAGCUCAGCACUGUUUUGUUGCGCCUGCUGAAAGCAUGCGAGCAGGACGAUGCUGGACGCGACCUGAAGGUGGCAUACUGCUCUUUACUCACCGCAUGGCACGAGGCUUCGGGACAGGUCGAAGCUCUCCAUGCUGUGUUGGCCCAAACCAGGAAGAUCCUUGGGCGUGACUUGCCGCCCUGA